UAUAAAUAAAAUUUUUCAAAUUUGUAAAUUUGUUUGGAUUUUAAUUUUAUUUUCUGGUGUUUCAGACUAGGGAUGGAAAAGUCGACUUCGACUUUAGUCGAAAGUCGACUUUCGAUACUAAAAAGUCGACUUUUCGCGGUCGACUUUGAUUCGGUCGAAGUCGAUGAAAGUCGAUCUUCGUCGGUCGACUUCUCGACUUUCUGUCAACAUGAAAAACAACUGACACGUGAUAAACACGCAUGACGAAACUGUGGACUAACGGUUUUCGGGACGUUAUAUAUUAUUUUUCGUACAUUGUGUUGCACGACAUUAUUUUUAAUUAAAUAUUAAGCACAUGGGUCCUAGUGCUGUUUGGAUUUAUUUUUCAAAAAUUGGUGACGGCAGUAAAGUGCAGUGUACAGAAUGUAAAAAGGAAAUGUGUUUUAAUAAGAAUAAUUAAAUAAUAUUUAAUAACAAUAAUUUCGAUUGAAUUAUAAUUAUAAUUAGAUGAUAAAGAAUAAUUUUAAUAUUUUAAAAUAGAAUGUUUUUACCAUUAAUGUAGAAAUAUAAUCAAUUACAUUAAAAAUGUUUAUUCUGGAUUUUUCCUUUCAUAGUUACACUGAGAGAAAUGGAUAGUAAGAAUUUGAUAGUAAAAAGAAAGAUUGUACAAGGUACUAUCAUUGUGUUACUGACAAGAAUCUACUAUCAACAUUUUACUAUCCAAGAUGUUACCCAAAGACGUAAAAUAUGUUAGCUUUUGGAUUGUAGUCACUACUAUCAAAUAUUGUAAAAAUUAAAUGUGAGCGCAUGCGCUGAUUGUAGUGUAUACUUCGCCUAUUCAAUUGCGGUCCUUGUGUUUUCACGCACGUGUUUAUAUAUAGUGAAAAAAGUUGUGAAUAAAAAAAUGGACGAGUUUGUUAAAAAUUUAUUAAUGUCGUUGAAUAUGGAAUCUUUGAUUCCAUCUUUUGGAGCAAUAACCUCAAGAAAAUGAUAAUUAGGCAAAAAUUAAUGGAAACUUUAUAAUUUUCAACUCAAAAAUUAUUUUUAAAAUUACUUUGAUAUUUUAAUACUUCAUUUUCAUGUCUGAAUCGUAUUAUUCGAAAUUAUGGCUAAUUACUCAAAAAGACGUGGAGCAGUUAUUAGAAUUGGACGAAAAAGUGCAAGCAAAUGGAAGUACAGAAAAAAAAGUAGAAGCUUUAAAUCGCAUUUUGCCUAUUUACCUCAAAUAUCGAAAUAUUGUCAAACGACUCACUAUAUGUCACGAUCAAGUGAUACAAGUUCAAAAGCGAAAUUUAAUUAAACAAAUAUUAAAUUGUGCAAUUAUUAGAAUGCUUGAGUAUAAACGAGAAAUUGUUAAUCUUGACUAUUCAGAAUAUCAUUGGCCGGACAAUUUCAUGAUUCAAAUGAAGCUCACGCCCGACGACUUAGCGCUAACGACUCCCGCGUGUUUUACGUCGGAUAGAAAGGCUCUGCUGGAACAGCGCAAAAAAUACAUUGAGGACUUGAUCGCCAACGCGAAUGCACAAAAUGUCACGUAUAAGGAAGAAAUUGAGGAGUUGAGUGAAUCAGGAUCGAGAAAAGCUAGUGCAUUGGAUUUGCGACGACCAAGAUUACGAAGGAGAACGGAAAAAAUUAUUGUUCCACUCUCAAAAGCGCAAUUGGCAUUAGACGCAGAAUUUUUAGAGGAAAAAGCUGCGAGAUUGCGUCUUAAAAUGCAACAAAAAGAAUUCUUCGAUGCAAUUCUCCUGAUACAGAAACAUGAGCGAGCAAGAGUUGCACGUUCCUUGGCGAAACAUGCUGAGCGGCAGUUCAAUUACGAGAAUAAGCUAAGAAAGGGAGAGAUAGAACCUAAAAUGGAUAACGAAAGCAGAAAAAUGAGUGCAACGAUAACCAUUCAGAAGGCCUGGAGAAGUUACCUUGUCCGUAAGUCUCUUAAGAAAAAGAUGAAUCGACUUGAGACACUGCUGGGAAUGACAAUACCCAGUUGGAAAUCUCACGACGACGUCUUCAAUCAAGACGAAAAAAACUUUCAACAACGACUCGCUUUACAACCCUUGGCUGUUGAAAAAAUUGAAAAAACUGUCGCCAACGAAAAGAACAAACUUUGGAAAAUUCGUGGACCAGGCCUAAUGGAGGAUAUAACAGACGAGAUUCGAGAAUGGUUUUUGUUGUGGUACGGAGAAUUGGGAUAUUUUGAUGUUUAUCCAAAUGCGGAAGCUGGUGGUUCAAUUCUAAUGGCGACUGGUCAAACUCAAACACCCGAGGAAUAUGCAAAAAAAAUAAUGGAAAAAAAGAAAAAUAAAGCUCAAAUGGAAAAAGAAAAAACAACGAGAGAAAAAAAGAAAGGAACUGAGACAGAAGUAAGUGAAAAAGAGAAGAAGGGUUCAAAAAUAACAAAAUCACAAAUUCUCCCAUAUAUGCGUGAGGCUAUCGAUGAUUUUAUCAAAAAUUGGAGUCUACGUGAAGAAACCGAAAAUCAACAUCAAACGAUACAUUUUGAUCUGAUAAACGACGAAUUAUGCUACAAAUUACAAUUGGAAAUGCGAGAAAUUGUUGAUGAAAUCAUGCGAGUUGAAUUAAAUAAAUUGGUACAAGCCGUAAGAAAAGAUAACGCUGGGAAUAAAGAGAAAUUAUCAAUUAUGCCUGAGAUUAAAAAAGAAAAAAAACGGAAAAAAAUGAAAAAAAGAAAAAAAGAUCCCUUAUCGAAUGUACCAGUCGAGGAACUGUUCAAAGAACUUGCCUUGGCAAAUAUAAUAAGAUACAAUUCCUCAGUGAAAUUACAAGAUUGGAUUGGUGAUUUAUCAUAUGCAAAUUAUGAAGCUCAAAGAGAAUUUCGCGAGUACAGCCAUCGAUUGGGUGAAAUUAAACAACUCAUCAUGGAAUAUUGUAUUUUACCAUUGGGCUCAAAACAAAUAAAUCUAAUGUCACCCCAAGUGAAAUCAGUUUGUAUUUGUGGUUUAUCUGGAUAUGGAAAAACAUUUUUAGCAAAUGCAAUUUCAUCGGAAUGUGGAGCACUUGUAUUUGACUUGACGCCAAGUGUUUUAAUUGAUAAAUAUACAAGUAAAAAAAAUGAAAAACGUCUUAUGAAUAUAAUUGAAAAAGUUUCACGUGUUUAUGCACCUUCGAUAAUUUUUAUUGAUGGUGGUGAAAAACCAUGGUGGAAAAAAAUUCCUCCCGAAGAAAAGCAUACAAAACCAAAGAGAUUGGCGAAACUUUUGACAAAAUUUGUAAAAGGAAUAAAACCAGGAGAUCAGAUACUCUUCCUUACGCUCACGUCUCAGCCUUAUAAUGGAGGAAAAGCUUUCAUCAAAAUUCACGAUAAAUUUAUUAUAAUUCCAGUGACUGACUACAAUAGUUUAUUUAUGUUUUAUCAAAAUCUCCUAAUGAAAUAUCAUGGAAUCGAUAGAAAUAUUGAUAUUUCAUGUUUGGCAAAAGUUUCAAUUGGAUUGCCACUUGAAUUUAUUCGUGAAACAAUUGAAAAAGUUUUGAAUUUAAAAAGACGAAGUCAACUUUUGUUUAAACCACUCGAUCAAUUGGAAAUUAUGGAACAACUAUUAAAUUAUAAUGGACCUGGUGAGAGAAUUAUUAAAAAAUUUAAAGAAUUUGAGUUUAAAACACCGCUCGGCAAAAAAAGAAUAACGAUGAUACUGGCAAAAAAGGAGGAACGUGAACGAAUACAAAAAAUGAAGAAUAAGAGAGGUUGAAAUAUUUGGAGGAAUUUUUUUUUUUCAUUCAGUCAAUAAAAUAACUUCCUUAAGGUAUCACAUCGGUAAAACCGUUUUCUAUAGAUUUUCUUGAAAAUUUUACCAUAUGUUCUUAUUAUCAUUCUUGACAAAUUUGCAAAAUAUGAAGAAUUUUCGCCGUACGAAACCAGAGAUAUUAGCAAUCAAAGUUGCUUAUUUUGCAUG